CCGCCGACCGAUCGUGUUUGGGGUUUUCCGACGGUCCGGAGCCUAAUCAAUACCGGAGAAGCAGCGAUGGGGCGCGGUGGGCGCGGCGACGAAGAGGAGGAGUUCGACGAGGAGGAAGACGAAGAGGAGCUGGAGGAGGAGGAGGAAGAGGACGAAGGGAAGGUGGGCAGGAAGCGAAGCAGAUCCCAGUUCAUUGACGACGCCGCGAUAGAGGACGAGGAGGAGGAGGAGGAGGAGGACGAUGACGAGGAGGAUGAGGAUUUCGGAGGUGAUGACCGCCGGGGCCGGAGGCAGAGGAGGCGGAGCGGUGCGGAGUUUUUUGACCUCGAAGCGGCCGUCGACAGUGGCGAAGACGAAGAGGAAGAGGAAGGAGAAGACGAUUUUAUAAAUGAUGCUGGAGCUGAAAUACCUGAUGAGGAUGAAGGCAGAAGGGUGCAUCGCCCGUCCAUGAUGAUGCAAGAGGAUCAAGAAGAUGUUGAAGAGAUGGAGAGACAAGUAUAUGAAAGAUAUGCUAAGUCAAGCCAUGUAGAAUAUGGUGAGGAUGCCACUGAUGUUGAACAGCAAGCUCUAUUGCCAUCAGUCAAGGAUCCAAAAUUGUGGAUGGUGAAAUGCGCGAUUGGUCGUGAGCGUGAGACAGCUAUAUGCCUUAUGCAAAAAUUUAUAGAUAGGUCAGAUCUCCAGAUUAGGUCAGUAAUUGCAUUGGACCAUCUUAAAAACUAUAUAUACGUCGAAGCAGAGAAAGAAGCUCAUGUUAAAGAGGCUUGCAAAGGUUUACGGAAUAUAUACUCUUCAGCGAAAGUUAUGCUUGUACCAAUAAAAGAAAUGACUGAUGUUCUAUCAGUUGAAAGCAAAACUGUUGAUCUAUCUAGGGAUACAUGGGUUCGGAUGAAGAUUGGAAUCUAUAAAGGAGAUCUUGCUAAGGUUGUUGAUGUUGACAAUGUACGCCAGAAAGUUAUAGUCAAGCUAAUCCCAAGAAUUGAUUUACAAGCCAUUGCCAAUAAACUGGAAGGAAGGGAGGUUCCGAAGAAGAAGACAUUUGUUCCUCCACCGCGCUUUUUUAACAUUGAUGAAGCAAGGGAGAUGCAUAUCCGGGUUGAGCGGAGGAGGGACAAAGAUACUGGUGAAUAUUUUGAGAUGGUUGAUGGAUUGAUGUUCAAAGAUGGAUUUCUGUACAAAACUGUGUCCAUAAGAUCAAUUAGUUCACAAAACAUACAGCCAACAUUCGAUGAACUCGAAAAAUUUCGGAAGCCUGGAGAUGAUGCUGAUGGGGAUCUGGCUAGUUUAUCUACUUUAUUUGCAAACAGGAAGAAAGGCCAUUUCAUGAAAGGUGAUGCUGUUAUAGUUGUUCGUGGUGAUCUCAAAAAUCUGAUGGGAUGGGUUGAGAAAGUCGAGGAUGAUACUGUUCAUGUCAGGCCAAAGAUGUCGGGGUUGCCUAAAACAUUGGCAUUUAACGAAAAGGAAUUGUGCAAGUAUUUUAAACCAGGAGACCAUGUAAAAGUGGUCUCUGGUGUUCAAGAAGGUGCCACUGGUAUGGUGGUAAAAGUCGAGGGCCAUGUUUUAAUCAUCCUAUCAGACACUACAAAAGAAGAUAUUCGGGUUUUUGCGGACCAUGUUGUGGAGAGUUCUGAAAUAACUACUGGGCUUACAAGAAUUGGGGCUUAUGAGUUACACGAUCUGGUGCUUCUAGACAAUAUGUCCUUUGGCGUAAUUAUACGUGUUGAAAGUGAAGCAUUUCAGGUGCUUAAAGGAGUACCAGAUAGACCUGAGGUGGUUCUUGUCAAAUUGAGAGAGAUAAAAAGCAAGGUUGAACGACGAACUAGUGCUAAGGAUCGGUCAAACAAUCUAGUGUCAGUUAAGGAUGUUGUGAGGGUUAUUGAGGGACCUUGCAAGGGGAAGCAAGGUCCCGUUGAACAUAUACAUAAAGGGAUCUUGUUCAUCUAUGAUCGUCAUCAUCUUGAGCAUGCUGGUUUUAUCUGCGCAAAAGCUCAGUCCUGUGUAAUCAUAGGUGGAUCCCAUGGAAAUCAUGAUAGAAAUGGCCUAGAUCAUGUUGACCCAAGAUUUGGUGGUUUGAGAUCUUCAUCCCAGUUUCUUCAGUCCCCAAGAAGACUGCCUCCUAGAGGACCUCCAAUAGAUUUUGGUGGACGACAGAGAGGUGGAAGAGGACACGAUUCAUUGGUUAAUAAAUGUAUUAAAAUAAAAUCCGGCCCCUUGAAGGGAUAUCGUGGCCGUGUUAAAGAGGUUACAGGUUCAUUGGUGCGAGUGGAGUUGGAUUCGCAAAUGAAAAUUGUUACAGUCAAGAGAGAAGAUAUCGCUGAUACAGCUAGUAUAGCAACCCCAUUCCGUGAAUCGCGAUAUGGUAUGGGUAGUGAAACACCCAUGCAUCCAUCACGGACGCCACUGCAUCCAAUGCAGACUCCAAUGAGAGAUCCUGGAGCAACACCCUUGCAUGAUGGAAUGAGAACACCCAUGCGGUCCUGGGCUCCAAUGAGCCCUGCAAGGGAUAGUUGGGAAGAUGGAAACCCUGCCACUUGGGGAGUCAGUCCACAAUAUCAGCCGGCAACUCCACCUGCCAGGCCAUAUGAAGCACCUACACCUGGUUCAGGUUGGGCUAACACUCCAGGAGGUUAUAGUGAAUCUGCAACACCAAGGGAAAGCAGCUAUGGAAGUGCUCCAAGCCCUUACGUACCAUCAACACCUGGUGGACAACCAAUGACCCCUAGUUCUGCCUCAUAUCUUCCUGGUACUCCUGGUGGACAGCCCAUGACACCUGGAAAUGUUGGGCUGGAUAUCAUGUCUCCAACAAUUGGUGAAGGAGAAGGCAAUUGGUUCAUGCCCGACAUUUUGGUAAAUGUUCAACGGCCUGGUGAGGAUUCACAUGUUGGAGUCAUCCGAGAGGUGCUGAUGGAUGGGUCAUGCAAGGUUUCUCUCGAGUCAGCAGCAAAUAAAGAGAUAGUGACCGCACAUCCAACAGAGUUGGAGGUGGUGAGGCCAAGGAAAUCCGACAAAAUCAAGAUCAUGAAUGGUUCACUCCGUGGAGUCACUGGGAAACUCAUUGGCAUUGAUGGUUCUGAUGGCAUAGUGAAAUUGGAUGACACCUAUGAGGUCAAAAUAUUAGACAUGGUCAUUCUUGCUAAACUAGCAACACAGUAAAUACUGGUAUCGCCAGGGAAGGGACCUCAUUUGGAAUCACUGUUUGGAUGCCCGUCUCCUGUUUUGAACCAGAAAGCCAAGUUUUGCCUCCUUUCCAAAGAUAGCUGAAGCACAUUCCAUGUCUUAAACUGGAGCAAUGAUUGAUUUUUCGUCUGUUCAUCCAUUUUCUUGGUUCAUGACUUGGUGUCUGCGCCUCAUGGGAUGGCUUGGAGCAUCCCUUUUCACAAACACACGCUAUCAACCAAAUUCAGUGUAUACUUUGAAGCUGAAUUGAAGGAAAUGUCGAGUCACUAUUCUAGCUAUACCUGAAGAUGUAAAUUUUUAUUUUUACCUUGUUGAAUAGGUCAUUUUGAGGAACUUGGUGAGAAAAUGCAGUUGGUAGUGUUUAUCUUUUAGUGUUAGUGAGAUUGCUGGAAGACAGACCAUAUUAUGUUUGAAAUUGUAUUCUUUCGCACGCUUCAUUUAUUUCAUACAAGUUCCAAUUACA